GACGUCAACGCCCGGGCCCGUGUUCGAUGCAGCUGACAGCAGCUUCGGAUCCAUAGUGUAAGCGAGUCUGCCAGUUGCAAGUAGGUUGGUUCGUUUUUAUAUUUUUCUCCUUUUUGUUUUGCAUUUUUAAAUUUCGUUUUCUAUCGCAUCCGACCAGUUCUGUUUAUCUCUUUCUUUUAAAACCUUGACCUCGCGGCUGGCAUCGAGAGUUUGACUGAAAAAUCGAAAAAAAAAAAUACAACAUUCAUAAAAUAAUUGUUUAUGUUUUUGCAAAUUUAAAAAUUAAAAACGCUAUACGGUUUUUUUUUUAAAGUAAACGCUGGAUUUACCUUGUAUCCUGGGUCUUGAAUUAAGGAAAUAAUACCACUUCAAAAAAAAAUAUAUAUAUAUAUAUAUAUUUAUUUUUUUAAAUUGUAUAUAUAUUUAUUUUUUCUUCCCUCGAACCCGAUUCACCUUCCUUUCAAAGUGGGAUCUAUUCAGACCACACUCUCCGUUUCCUCGCGUCGUUGAAAUCGGAGACGCGACAUUUUAAGGAAAAUCGCUCUCCACUUACAAUUUCCAAGUAAUAAUACAAUCGGCAUGGCUCGACCGAUAUCUCAGCUGAUCCCCCCGGACUUGCCCGGGUCCAGCCCGCAGUUCGGAAGCGGAGGGGCGGGCGGCGGAGCUCACGGAGCGCACCCCAGCUCCAUGGCCAGCCUCAAGUCUCUCCUCCAGCUCCCGGUGAAACAGAGCCCCGAACCGCGGGGGAAAGACAGCAUUACCGGCGAAGGGAAAGGCUCUGAGAAGGAGAAGGGUGUGGACUCUGAUGAAGAGAACUCGUCCUCUCACUGUGGGGGGAGACAAACUCACUCUGCCUUCCUGGGGCCACUGCUGUGGGAGAAGACCCUGCCUUGCGAGGGGGGGCUGUUCCAGCUCCAGUACAUGGACCUGGAAGAAUUCCUCACGGAGAACGGCAUGGGGCCUCAGACUUCCAGCAUGGCUGCCCAGAUUCCCAGUCAGAACUCCCAGUCUGCCAUCCCAAACCAAUCUGGCCAGUCCCAGUCUGGCCAGCCGAAUCAGAGUUCCCAGCACCCUGGCCAGCUCUCCCAGCUCUCCCAGCUAGCCAGGGCUCCCUCCCCAACCUCGCCGCUCACGCCCAGCAAUGGCCAGCCCAGUGUUGCCGUGGAAACGGGGGGUAGCAGCAGGGCUGUGCAGACACAAGGCAUGAUGGGAGGGGGCUGUAUCCAGGGGGCGGCGCAUCCAGGCCAGGCCACGCCUCCUGACCCCUCCAGCUGCCCGCAGAGUGACCCUAGUGAGGUCCUGGUGAAGUUUGACCCCGACCCCGCUGAUCUGGCUCUGUCCAGUGUCCCGGGACAGGAGGCCUUCGACCCGCGGAGACACAGCUUCACAGAGGAGGAGCUGAAACCACAGCCAAUGAUCAAGAAGGCAAAGAAGAUGCUGGUGCCAGACGAGCAGAAGGAUGAUAAGUACUGGUCGCGGCGCUAUAAGAACAAUGAAGCAGCGAAACGUUCCCGUGACGCUCGGAGGUUGAAGGAGAACCAGAUCUCAGUCCGAGCCGCGUUCCUGGAGAAGGAGAACGCUGCACUGAGGCAGGAGGUGGCCGACAUGCGCAAGGAGCUGGGCCGCUGCCGGAACACACUGCACAAAUACGAGGCGCGGCACGGGGGCCCGUACUCUCUCCCCCCUCCCCCCCCCUCCCCCGCUGUGUGA